CAGAAUGGUCAUUCGUCGCACGCUGUCAGAGCACAACGGUCCUGUCUGCGCUGAAAAGCAGUACGAGUACGAGUAUGUGCAAAUUUACCAAUCGAUUGUUCGUCUUUGCCCUGCUGCUGCUGGCUCUGGGCGUGGUGCUGGCCCAGCCCGUGUCGGUCAAGGCUCGUCCCGGUGGCCCACGAAAUGUGAUCAGCGAUCUGCUGGAGGUCUUGUAUGACGACUACAACGAUAGCGGGUAUCAACAGGAGGAUAUCUAUUAUGAUCAGCGGCAAAAGGGAGCUGAAAAUUUGCAGCUGAAGAUGGAUGGUCUGGUCGUAGCUCUGGCACCCGAGAUGAGUUACCAUUCUUUGUAUAUGAUGGCCGAUCAGUAUUUCAAUAUGAGGGAAAUGCUUCUCCAACAUUCUACUCCAGAGCCAGAUGAAACCCAAUUGUACGAAAAGGUUCCAGUCAGAGAGCCAGAAUCAACCGCUUCAGAGGAGCAUACUAGAAUUCCAGAUCCCAAAACUGAUAUGGAAAGCCGACAGCAUCAUGUUGUGGCACCGCAGAACGCUAGCCGUUCACCUUCUCAAUUGCUUGAAAUGCUAAAGAAGCUUAAAAGCAGAAAAAUCUAACGUUAUUCUUAAAAAAAAAUAAAAUUUUAAAAACUAA